GGGGGGGGGGGAGUGGAGCAGAGAAGUUUGUGUCAUUGGCGAAAGUGGAAAGAGGCGCAAACGUGAAGAGGCUGAGAAGGGGGAAAGGGGCGCGAAGCGAGAUUGAAAGACGGUUCAAGGAAAGGAGUUGAUUUGGGAGGCGUUUCUCCCACCCCUCAAGAAGUGGUGUCACUGGAGAAAGUGGACAGAGGGGCAAAGAAGGAGGGAAAAAGGGGCGCGUAAGAGGGAUUAAAAGGCCGUCCGGGGAAGGGAGUUGAUUGAGGAGGCGUUUCUCCCCUUGGGAGAAGAAGGAAGGCUGAGGAGAACUUUCUCCUCUUCGGGCGCUCUGAGGAAGACGACGACGGAGUGGGAAGGGGUUGGCACCUGAGCAGAGAGAGACGGAGGCACGUCUUGGCAUUCCUCGCGGCAUGGCGUUCCCAACGUCGAAGGCUGCCCCCAACCCUGACCUGAACUGAGGGCGAGGAAGGGGGCGGCACUGGCAGCCAUGCCUCUGGGGCUGCGCGGGCUCUGGUGGUGCUUGGCGCUCUUCUGCAGCAGCAGCACCAGCUGGGGCUCCUCUCCGCCGCCCUCGCUGCCCGCCUUCCCCGCCCUGCUGCGGACCCCGGGCCUGAGGAGCCCCGCAGGCGGCAAGGACCCGCCUCCCUCGGGCUUCCUCUACCGGCGCCUCAAGUCCCACGAGAAGCGGGAGAUGCAGAAGGAGAUCCUCUCCGUGCUGGGCUUGCCGCACCGGCCCCGGCCCUCGCACGGGCUGCAGGGAGAGGCGCCUCUCUCUCGGCUGAAGCCGCACCAAGGGCGCCCCUCGCUCAACUCCGCGCCCCUCUUCAUGCUGGACCUCUACAACGCCCUCUCCACCGAGGAGGAGGAGGAGGGAGGGCGGGGAGAGACGGCGCCCCUGCCCACGGAGAUCCCCUUCCCGCGCAAGGCUCUCCUCAGCCACCCGGGCGCCUCCCCGGCCCUGGCCAGCGCGCAGGACAGCGCCUUCCUCAGCGACGCCGACAUGGUCAUGAGCUUCGUCAACCUGGUUGAAUAUGACAAGGAGUUCACACCUUUUCAUCGACACCACAAGGAAUUCAAGUUUAAUUUGUCUCAGAUUCCAGAGGGGGAGACUGUUACUGCUGCUGAGUUCCGAAUCUACAAGGACUGUGUCUUUGGAGGAUUUAAAAACCAAACUUUUCUAAUUACCAUCUAUCAAGUAUUGCAAGAACAUCAGAACAGAGAUUCAGAUCUGUUUAUGCUGGACACCAGAGCAGUGUGGGCCUCAGAAGAAGGCUGGCUGGAGUUUGACAUCACUGCCACCAGUAACAUGUGGGUGAUAAACCCUCAGCACAACUUGGGACUCCAGAUGAGCGUGGUGACCAGGGAUGGUCUCAGUAUAAACCCUAGAGAAGCAGGACUAAUAGGUCGAGAUGGCCCUUAUGACAAACAGCCUUUCAUGGUGGCUUUUUUCAAAGUGAGUGAGGUUCAUGUUCGAACGGCUAGGUCAGCCUCCAACAGGCGCAGGGAACAGAAUCGAAACCGCUCCACUCAGCCUCAAGACGUUUCCAGGGUAUCCAGUGUCACAGAUUACAAUAGCAGUGACCUAAAAACAGCUUGCAGAAAGCAUGAACUUUAUGUCAGCUUUCAAGAUUUGGGAUGGCAGGACUGGAUAAUUGCACCCAAGGGCUACGCAGCAAACUACUGCGAUGGAGAAUGCUCUUUCCCACUCAAUGCUCAUAUGAAUGCCACCAAUCAUGCCAUUGUACAAACUUUGGUUCAUUUAAUGAAUCCAGAGAAUGUUCCUAAGCCAUGUUGUGCCCCUACAAAACUUAAUGCAAUAUCAGUUCUUUACUUUGAUGACAACUCCAAUGUCAUUUUGAAGAAAUACAGGAAUAUGGUGGUAAGAGCUUGUGGGUGUCACUGACAUUAUUCUACAGAAAGACAUUGAAAACCAAACUAAACACUUUCCAUCCUGUGCCUCAGAUGGAACAUCUAAUGUUUCUAGAAGAAUGUGCCUUGAGGAAGAACAAAGAAAAUCAAGGAACUCUCAACGCUAUUUGUGAACUUCUGAAGAGCUCUCAUAGUGAUGCCUUUUUGGUCAUACAAAAAGUGUGCUGGAAUAAACUGUAAAGUGCGGGAUCCUGUUGAUGCAGCAAACCAAAGUCAUUCUACUGUUUGAUCUACAGUUCAGUUUAGGCACAGUCUUCAAAUCUUGGUAGAUGUCACAAGGAAAUGGGCUUUGUGCUGAGAAGGGAAAUGCACUGUUCCCGGUAAUGCUCCAUCCACAUACAGCUAAACUAAGAAAUCUUUACUUAGCUUCAAAAGCAUGCAAGCUGUAUGUCACAACCUUGAUCAUUAAGGCAAAGGCAAUGCCUCACAUUAAACAAACUGCUGCAUUUAGGUUUCCUUCUGGAAGUGAAAGGAGUGAAUUUACUGUGUUAAAAUCAAGCUUUGCUCCUGGCUCUUCAGCAACAGGCCUUGACUGUAAUGUGUCCUUAUGGCCUACGUUUCUCAAAAGAGAGUAUGAUAACACUAGCAGACUUUCUGGUGUGCUAGACAUAAAAUUGUCCAUCAGACUAAUGGGCAGCUUUUUAAGGUAAUUAUUAUGCUUACAUUUCACAGCUGGGCCUUGUUAGUUCUGAACUAGCUUUUUAAAGUACUUCCACCAUCACUACUAAGUGCACAUGUGUGCAUAAACACACAUGUAUUCUGACUCCUCAAGUGAACAGCAAAAAGGUAUGUUGGACUGAACCACUGUAAAAUGUAAAAACCUAACAGACAUGUUUAAGAUACCAGUUUUAAAAACUGAGGAUUCUGAAAAUAUUCUGAUACGUCUUUAGUUUUUAAAAAAAGCCUUUUAGCUUCUUAAAACAGGAAAUAAAAUGCACCAGCCUAAGUAUUAAAAUCUUGACUUCAGACGAUCAACUUAUUUUGUUGCACUUCUUAACAAUGCAACACAAAUGAAAAGGGCAAAGUAUGGGGGACAAAGCUGCAGGAAUGUGUAGAACUGCUUUGUGUUCAUUGGUGGAUUUAGUGAGGACUCAGUCCUACUAGUCCCAUUAAACACUCCUAAUAUACUUGUACCUCCUUUUUCACUUCUCCAUACUUUAUACAGAACCUUACCUCUCUUGGAAAAUAAAUUUGAAAUGUGUAUGAUCCUUACUUCCAAGAUGUGGCUCCACAUGGGAGAAAAAAGUUUUUCUUGGGGCAAGAAUUCAGAAAAGUGCACUUCUUCUUGACUACUUUGCAUUUUAAAAGGGCUUUUGUAAAUAAAUUAAAAUUAUAAUUUAUUUCAACUGUCAGAAAUAUUAAUUUUUGAUGUAUUAUGUAACAAGACCAAGGGUUUUUGUAAAAAAGAAGAUACUUUUAUUCAGAAAUUGCUUGUGUAAACAACUGUACCACUUGAUUUUGUACAGGAAACUCAUGAGUUACAGCUCAAGCCUGUCAUGAGAUUGUGCUUUGUUAGCUUUUUAAAAAAGCCAUCAUGAAUAAAGGAUCCUUUUAAGGCAGAAACAUGUGCAUUGAUGUGAUAGAUCUGCCAUAUGUGAUUAGCCCUUUGGUAGACAUUCCAUCUUUCACUCUCUCCAAAUUUGUGCUGGACAAAAUCCAUGACCUUUAAUAGAAAGGAUAAACUACAGUACAAAUUUAAGAAUAUAGACAUGGCUACUAGUAAUUGUAACCCUCCAUUUGAAACAAAUGGUAAUAUACAAUUUUCCCCAACCUGUUGCCCUAAAAAAACAGUGCCCUCACCAGUUAUAAGAGGUGUCAUCCAGCAUAUCAGGUGGUUGAUGUCAGGUUCAGGAAGGCUGAGCAGUAACAUUAUUUUACAAAUAAGAACCUAUGUGUACAUAACUUGCAACUUCUUCCCAAACAAAUGGCAAUAAAUGCUUAUAUACAAACUA